CUUUCUCUUUUCAUUGCUUUCAUUUUAGCUUCUUUUAUGGGUCUGUUUCUUUCUUGAAAUCCAGCCACCAAAAUGAGACUCUAUUCCAGCUGUGCUCCUCGCAGCCCUGGUGCACAGGGAUUGCUGUGUGUGCCUUACAUAAGGGAGCCCUGUUUACAGACACGAGGGUUUUGGUCUUUUCCAACAGUAUGAUGUUGUUGGCUUGCGGUCAGGUUAUUACGAAUUGUAACUGCAGCUCUAUGUCUGUGCAACCACCUCUUAGGGACUAGGGUAAGGGAAAUUGCAAAAAAAAGGGAUUUUCCUGAAGCUGCAAAGCAUUUCUGUCUUUGGGGUUGAGGUAAGCUCUGCUGGGGAAGAACGUGGCUGUUGUGGCAGCGUGGGGCAGAAAGAUCUCCUGCGUGCACGCAGCUCGGUGCUCAUCUGAGCCAGCUCCUGUUUUGUCAUACUGGGGCUUUUUUGGCAUCUUCUCCCUGAUUCUUGCACUUGCUGCUUAUCCCGUCUGCUCUCUUUGCUGGGUAAAUCCCAGAGGUGCUGAAAGCGUGAUCAUGAGCCUUGCUGUGUGCACGUGGCUAAAGGUUGUUAUCAAAAAUCACACCUAGCCUCAAGCGUUGAAAGGGAAGGGAGAUCUGGGCCCUCCUGCCCUCUUGGUGAAGCUCUCAGAAGUUUUACAGUGCAUUUGAGUGGUUAAUACCCAUGCGAUUGCUAUUGGGACAUGGCACACGGGAUGUGGAAAUGAAGGUGUACGUAUUUCCAUAAAGAAAUAAAAAAGGGGAAAAUCAAAGGGUGAGGAGAACCCGUAUGGAUUUGGUGGACAGGCUUUAAAGAGCUUGGAAAGCCCCCGAAUGCAACCAGAGAGAGUGGCCUCGCUGAACUGAGUCACUUGAGGAUGGUAAAGCGCCGGCUCAGACGAAACUUUACAACUUUUACGAAGGAUACACAUGUGCAUUUUCAGUACUGCUUUAGCCAGACUGAAAUGGGCCCACGGGGCUUCUGGGUGCCUUCCCCAUCUCUGCAUCAGCAAGCUCAGUUUAAAAGACUUCAUCAGGUUAAAGGGUAGCUACCAUGAAUUCUCCCUGGGAAAGGCAAAUUUGCAGUUCUAACACUAACUUAUGUAAGUAGGACAUGUUAAGGCAAUCUUAUAAAAUAUAUUAAAAGGGACAGAAGACUAGUGAAAGUAGUGUUCUUUCGGAGCCCCGGGGUGUGCAUACGAUUGCAGGGGCACUGCCAGCCCAUGCAUGGGGCCUGGAGGAGGGCAGCCGGGGGAGUCUGGGGCGCUGGGCGCUCACCUCGGUGCUGUUCCCCCUAGGUCUCUGUGCUGCCAGCGCCAGUCCCCCGGGGCAGAGGGGUCCGGAGCUGCCAUGACGACAGGCGACUGCUGCCACCUCCCCGGCUCCUUGUGCGACUGCCCGGGAAGCGCCGCCCUGUCCAAGUCAGUGGAGGACUCUGACAUCGGGCGCCCACAGUACGUCACUCAGGUCACUGCGAAGGAUGGCCGGCUCCUCUCGACGGUGAUCAAGGCACUGGGUGCGCAGAGUGAUGGUCCCAUCUGUCGAAUCUGUCAUGAAGGUGGAAAUGGGGAGGGACUGCUUUCCCCGUGUGACUGCACAGGAACAUUGGGCACCGUGCACAAGAGCUGCCUGGAAAAAUGGUUAUCCUCUUCCAACACAAGUUACUGUGAACUCUGCCACACAGAAUUUGUUGUAGAGAGAAGACCAAGGCCUUUGACAGAGUGGCUGAAGGAUCCUGGUCCCCGCAAUGAGAAGAGGACCCUUUUCUGUGACAUGGUGUGUUUCCUGUUCAUUACUCCUCUGGCAGCGAUCUCAGGCUGGCUGUGUCUUCGUGGAGCCCAGGAUCAUUUGCAGUUCAACAGCCGACUGGAGGCCAUUGGACUCAUAGCACUAACUAUAGCACUUUUUACAAUCUACGUCCUUUGGACACUGGUUUCGUUCCGCUACCAUUGCCAGCUGUACUCGGAGUGGCGAAGGACCAACCAGAAAGUCCGCUUGAUGAUCCCAGCUUCGCGGAGCCCUCACCCCAUGCCCCACUCCCUGCUCUCUGCCAAGCUCAUGAAGAAGACCGCGGAUGAAACCACCGUCUGAUCUGUCCCUCGGCCGCUGCCUACUGUGCUGUGAGGCUGCACCUACGGCCGGGGCAGGGGCAGCCCUUUGGGGCUGGCAACAGGAAAGAGGUUCAGAUCUCCACGUGCAUGCCACGAACGUGAUAGCUGUGGAGGCGCUAAGAAACAGUCAUCCCACCCAAAGGGACUUUGCAGUUAGCACGUACUUUAUGCUACAGCAAACAGACAGAUGAUAAAAGUCUGUCGUGUGAAACGGCCCAAAAGAGCCCGAUGGCAAAUGUGCCUGUCUGCAGGGACACUUUCCUAUAACUAAAUACCAUAUGUGGAAAAUCUCUCCCCCUAUAUAUGUAUAUCUAUAUAUAAUAUUAUUUUUUAAUGGCCAUGCAGAUCGUGUUUCAGUCCUUUUGUGUUGAUGUUCUAAGCUUCAGUAUAGAAGCUGGCAGCCUGAUCUCAUUCAGAGGUUAAAUCUAUGCCUUUUCUCCAAGUGAGCAUUUAAAGAACACUUUUCAUUGACCGUUCUUGAAAGUCAUUCUUCUCCUUUGCACUACAUGGGUUUUGACAAUGUUGCAGCAGCCUUUGCCGUUAUUCUUUGGUCUCUUUUGUGGUGUUUCUGUCCUUUCUACGAAGUUGUGUGUUUUUAAUAAUUAUUAUAAUCCCAGAAGGAGUAAAAUGACAUAAUACUGAAUGGAGACAUUUUGUACUGUAAAAUACUGUAAUUUUGAGAAUUUCAAAAGAAGUUUUGAAUGAGAAAAUUCUUUCCUGUGCAGAUGUGAUCUCACAAAACACUUUCUUCCCAGAACCUGCUCAUCCUCAGGACGUGGAUGUGCUCAGCUCUUGGUAUGAAAGUCCCUCUAGCAAAGGUAGAUGGAGGAUCUGUGGGUGGGAAGUGAUGGUUUGUACUAGCUAAACUCACCAUUGCCUUUUGCUGUUAGAAGGCUCAGAAAGGACCUUUUCUGACCCCAGGAGGUGAGAGCUAGAGUCUCUGUUUACUGGUGUCCUUUCAGUGUCUUGAGGCUGGACCUCUCGUUACUCAGUUCCGCACAUACCUUACUAGGGCAGGCCAUACUCCACAGUUGCUUGGCAGGAUGAAGGCAGCCUCGGCUGCCUCUGUACACUUUACUUGCACAUUCCUUGGUGAAAGCCAGAGGAGCUGCUAUGGUUUAGUUCAUCCCUGAAAUGGCUGCCUGCCUGUUAUCUGUGUCCACUAGAGAAAUGCCCCAAGUUCACUUGUUCCUGGAGGAGCACAGGCUCUGGGUCCCUUCUCUUGCAGGGCCAGUGCUCCUCUUCCUCCUCCAUCCACCUGCAUGCACCUAGCUAACAAACCCCUCUGUCUUGGAGGGGCUGAUCUGCCAAAGGUCUUUAGCACCUGGUGUGGAGUCUCUCUUCCUGACUUUGGCUUUUGUCCCUGCCUCUCCACUGCUUCCCCACCGUGCCAGACGAUGCCUGCAUUUGGUGCUGUGCUCUCCAGAGCCCUGCUAGCAGAGCGGGCUGUAAGGAUGCCUGCGUUGGCACUGCCCUGCUGAGUGCUCCAGGGUUAUGUGCUGCUGCUUGACAUGAGCCUUGGCUCAGAUUCCUGCACCAGAGAGCGUAGAUAGCAGGGCGAAAGUAGGCUCCAGCAGUGCCCCUGUUCUUGUGGUGGGCAUGGGUGUGCACCAUGUUCCUCUGCUCUCUUUGCUGAAUGCAGGUGGAUCGGUCUAGUGCCCUGUUAGACUGGAAGCCCCUGGUGGGCAUGAGCAGCAGUAGCCAGUGUCCUGUGUCCCCAGCAGGAUGGCUCCAACCCCAGGGCAUGUGUCCGCUUUCCUCCUUUAUCUCAUGUCCCAGGCUUCUUUGCAUGACUCAAUGAUAUCCCAGCACAUUUUGCAGCAACCUCUGUCUGCCCAGCCUUGGGCUUGCAUAUGGUGGUCCAGUUUGCUCUCUGCUCUGAGCACAAGGGUCAGAUCAUGUGUUUGGUCAUGGGGACAAAGGCUUUCUGCCACAGCUGCUCCCCUCUCUCUUCCAGACCCCUGGAAAGGUCUGGUCUGUUCCCUUUCCCCACUUACUUGUGGGCACCUUCCUUUCUUUCCCUUCCUUCCUUUUUUCUGUAAUUUGGGAUGAUUUGGCCCGCAUUGCUCCUAGAGGCUUACAGUAAAGAGAGGCCUCCUCAGUCCAGCUGCAAUCACGGUCACUGGGCAGCAGUAAUGUCCUACGAGCACUCAUUUCAAAUCAGCUUUUGCAGAGUAGCUGCUCCUGCUGCUAACAGUUCUAGCCUGCUGCUCCCACCGUGCAGAGGUUUGCGUGUGUGCGGGGGCCAUGCGGUAGCCCCUCUGCUCCCCAGCUGUGCCGGCUGUGCUGCUGGAGGGGCUCAGCCCUGCUUCCAGGCACCGCAGCUCCUGCGUGGGCGCUGCCUCCCUCCCCAAACCCCUUCCCUUGGCAAUGAGCGCUGCAUUGCCGCUCUGUGCCUGGUGCUGGGCCCCCCCCCCGCUUCAGCCCUUCCCCAGCGACACUCAUGUCGCCAGGAUAUUUCCAGAGCAACAACAAUCUGAAUCUGGGGGUCUAGUUUAACCCUCCCAUCCCUGGCUGCCUCCCAGGAGCUUGAUCUUCUGACGCAUCUAGUGCUGGCGCUAACGCCUCUAGUAUCUGAGGAUGUGCAUUCCCACACUGCGUUCCCAUAGUAUGGACUUAAUGGGGCUGGUGUUUCAGCUGGGAAACCCGAUGUUGAUCCAAAGAUGCAACUGUGAAAGCCAGAAGUCCCUGGCUGGGGCAGAUGGGGCCUGGCCCUGUGCUGCUGCAGGGUUGUGGCUUCACUCUCUGCUCUGUUGUCUUUAUCAUAGUUGCCAAUAAUUGGAGUUGUUGCAUGUGCCACUGCAGCAGCUGAUAGCGCCUCUUUGAACCUUCUCCUCCUUCCCAGUGGAGACGCUCAGCUCUGGGGGAUGUGGGAAAUCAAUGUCUUUGACCUGCCACGUUCCAGUGUCGUGAGGAAAUGGGCUGUGCAAUUAUGUAAAUAAAAGUGAGACGAACUGUG